CCCGGGUGGUGCGGUCCGCCGUACGUGCCGGCCGCGCCGGGGCCGCGGGAGCCGCCAGCGCCAGACGGGCCGGAGCGGCGAGCAUCUGGAGGAGCUGGACAGGGCCAUACAACCACAACUCUUUGAACUGUCUCAAGGGAGACUUUCCCUGCUGCUCACCACCCUCCGUGCUGGAGCUCUCAGGCCCCAGCAGCUGUUGUUUGCAGAGCCAUAGGUGCAAGUGCCUCUGAGUGCCAUGGGGGAGCCCAGCAUGGACCCAAGCAUUGCUGCUGACAGCCCUGCCCAGCAGGACUCUCUCUUCAGCAUGACAGACGUGUUCCUCAUCUCCCUCAUCACGGGGCUUCUCACCUACUGGUUCUUCUUCCGCAAGAAAAAGGAGGAGGUGCCUGAGCUCCCCAAGAUGCAGACAGUAGCAGCUCCAGUGAGAGACAGCAGCUUCAUUGAGAAGAUGAAGAAGACGGGCCGGAAUAUUGUGGUUUUCUAUGGCUCCCAGACGGGCACAGCAGAGGAGUUUGCCAAUCGCCUGGCCAAAGAUGCCCAUCGCUAUGGCCUCCGGGGCAUGGCAGCAGACCCAGAGGAGUAUGACCUGUCGGACCUGAGUCGCCUCUCUGAGAUUGACAAGUCCUUGGCAGUGUUCUGCAUGGCCACCUAUGGAGAGGGGGACCCCACAGACAAUGCCCAGGAUUUCUAUGACUGGCUGCAGGAGGCUGAUGCCGACCUCUCGGGUCUCCGGUUUGCAGUCUUUGGGCUGGGGAACAAAACUUAUGAGCACUUCAAUGCCAUGGGGAAGUACGUGGACAAGAGGCUGGAGGAGCUUGGAGCGCAGCGCAUCUUUGAGCUGGGGCUGGGAGAUGAUGAUGGCAACCUGGAAGAAGACUUCAUCACCUGGAGAGAGCAGUUCUGGCCAGCAGUGUGUGAGCACUUCGGGGUGGAGGCUACAGGAGAAGAGUCCAGCAUCCGUCAGUACGAGCUGGUGGUGCACACAGAUGUGAACAUGAACAAAGUCUACACGGGGGAGAUGGGCAGGCUCAAGAGCUACGAGAACCAGAAGCCCCCCUUUGAUGCCAAGAACCCCUUCCUGGCUCAGGUCACAGAGAACCGCAAGCUGAACGAGGGUGGAGAGCGACACUUGAUGCACCUGGAGCUGGAUAUCUCCAAUUCCAAAAUCAGGUAUGAGUCUGGGGACCACGUGGCUGUGUACCCAGCCAAUGACUCCUCCCUGGUGAACCAGAUUGGUGAGAUCCUGGGCACGGACCUGGACACUGUCAUGUCCCUGAACAACUUGGAUGAGGAAUCCAAUAAGAAGCAUCCCUUCCCCUGCCCCACAUCAUACAGGACAGCCCUGACCUACUACCUGGACAUCACCAACCCUCCCCGCACCAACGUGCUCUACGAGCUAGCCCAGUACGCCUCGGACAGCGGCGAGCAGGAGCGCCUGCGCAAAAUGGCCUCAUCUGCUGCUGAGGGCAAGGCUCUGUACCUCAGCUGGGUGGUGGAGGCCCGCAGGAACAUCCUGGCCAUCCUGCAGGACAUGCCCUCCCUGCGCCCCCCCAUCGACCACCUGUGCGAGCUCCUGCCCCGCCUGCAGGCCCGCUACUACUCCAUCGCCUCCUCCUCCAAGGUCCAUCCCAACUCCAUCCACAUCUGUGCCGUGACGGUGGAGUACGAGACCAAGACGGGCCGCCUGAACAAAGGGGUGGCCACCAGCUGGCUCAGGAGCAAGGUGCCUGGCCAGCCUGGGAGCAGCUCCCAGGUGCCUGGCCAGCAGGAGAGCAGCUCCCAGGUGCCUGUGCAGCAGGGGAGCAGCUCCCUGGUGCCCAUGUACGUGCGCAAGUCGCAGUUCCGGCUGCCCUUCAAGCCCAGCACGCCCGUGAUCAUGAUCGGGCCGGGCACCGGCAUCGCCCCCUUCAUGGGCUUCAUCCAAGAGAGGGCCUGGCUCAAGCAGCAGGGCAAGGAGGUGGGUGAGACAGUGCUUUACUAUGGCUGCCGCCACGAGCGCGAGGACUACCUGUACCGGGAGGAGCUGGCCCGCUUCCAGAAGGAGGGAGUGCUCACCCAGCUCAACGUGGCCUUCUCCAGGGACCAGGCUGAGAAGGUUUAUGUCCAGCACUUACUGAAGAAGAACAAGGAGAAUGUCUGGAAGCUGGUUAAUGAGGGGAUGGCUCACAUCUACGUGUGCGGCGAUGCGCGGAACAUGGCCCGGGACGUGCAGAACACCUUCUACGAGAUCGUCUCCGAGUUUGGCAACAUGAGCCAGCCCCAGGCCGUGGACUAUGUAAAGAAACUGAUGACAAAGGGCCGCUACUCCCUGGAUGUGUGGAGCUAAGAGCAGGGCUGGCGGGGCCAGGGAGAGAACAGGUCCCCAGGCGUGGGCCAGGGGAGCUGGCAAGUGCCUGCUCACCCACUGCUGCUGUGGGUGACGGUGUUGUCCCCUGCCCACGGCUACCCCGGUGUCACUCCCAACCCUUCCUGGGCCUCUGCGUUCCCUCGGGGCAGGCUGGGCACCCAGGGGGUGGAAAGGGUUGAGAGGGGCAGGGGGGUAGCUCAGGCUGCUGCCCAGGAGCUGCGGUGUCACCAGUGUCACCGACGCCUCAGGGUGCACCAGCGUUGGCCUUGAGGCCAGGGACAGCGGGGACACGGCCACGAGGGACAGACACAGCCAGGGAGUCCUUUCCUGGACACGAGGUGCUGCCUUAUCCCCGGGGCUGGAGCCCAGCCUGGCCUGCAGGGACAGCAGAGGGGUGGAGGGGCUGUGCUGGGGCUGGGCUCGCAGCUUUGCCUCCCUCCUGCCACCCCGGGCAUGUGGGGCUGGCAGUGGGCACAGAGCUGUCCCAGCAGCGUGUCCUGCUCCAUUCCUGCUGCCUGCCCUGGCUCCAGCAGCAGCGGGAAGCUCCUCCCCCUGUGGAAUAACGCCGGAUCGGAGGCGGGCUCUCAGCCCCUGGGAGCCCUGCCUGCUCCCCUGAGCCCAGCCCCUCCCUCACAUCAUGUACGAUCAUUUUUUAAAUACGGUUUUUAUUUUGAACAUCUUUGUGAUUUUAGCGUGGAAAAAAAAACCAAAACAAAACAAAA